UGCUGUCGUCAGUCAGAGACGGUUAAUAAUUAAUAUCAAAUGCCAACCAAAUAUUAAGGGGAAAGGCACUUAAAAGAGAACAUAUGUAAUUUACAAUGAACCUUUCAGCCAUUGUUUUCUGUAUCAGGCUGACCUCAGUUAUGAAACUUCAUUCAUUUCAGUGUUGUUUUAUUAACCUGAUUUCACGUUACAUGUCUCAUAUAUGAGUACUGGGUCAUAUGAGCUUCAGUAGCUGUGUGGCCAGCCCAGGGCGCCAUGUCUUGGACGCGCUACAUACGGUGGAGAUGCUUAUACUUUACGGAAUGGCGCUGCUAGCACAGCACUUCGAUACUCAUUGCGGAAAUCUCAACGGUCUGUAACUUAUGAAAGUUCUUGAUCAUGACCACCAAGUCAUCUUUGUUAAAGGUGAUUCUACUGGGGGAUGGUGGUGUGGGAAAGUCCUCCCUCAUGAACCGGUAUGUCUCCAACAAGUUUGAUUCACAUCUAUUCCACACGAUCGGUGUAGAGUUCUUAAACAGAGAGCUGGAGGUGGAUGGUCACACGGUCACUCUACAGAUCUGGGACACAGCAGGCCAGGAGAGGUUCAGAAGUCUCCGAACGCCCUUUUACCGUGGCUCUGACUGCUGUCUGCUUACGUUUAGUGUGGAUGAUAAUCAAAGUUUCUUGAACCUCAACAACUGGAAGAAAGAGUUUGCAUACUACGCAGAUGUCAGGGACCCAGAGAAAUUUCCGUUUGUUGUUCUAGGAAACAAAGUAGAUGUGACGGAGCAUCAGGUGCCAAUGGAAGAAGCUCAAAGGUGGUGUCAAGAGAAUGGUGGAUAUCCAUACUUUGAAACAAGCGCAAAGGAUGCCACUAAUGUCUCAGCUGCAUUUGAGGAAGCAGUUAGACGUGUGCUUUCAUCUGAAGAUCGCGCAGAACACCUGCUGCCCACAGACACUGUUGACUUGCGCAGGAAGCCACGGGCGAGCGGCUCAUGCUGUUGAUGCUGUGGUGGAAUGAUAUGAACACAACUGAAACACUCUACUUUACUGUAUGUUUUAGUGAAAAAAAAUGCAUACUCAUCAGUUCUCCACAGCAGAUGCCAGAAAAACAUCUUGUGUGCAGUAUGCAUACUUUAGUACAUAAUGAGUUACAACAUCUCAAACACUUGCUCUGAACAAUAAUUAUAAAUGAAGAGUCUUAUAGAAUUAUAUGCCUUGUUUAAACUUUAAAAUAAUCUCUUUGGGUCACAUUCCUAUGCCUUUGUUUCAAAGCACUGGAUCACAUUCUUGUGUGCUUUAGGUUGCCCAAACAGGGAUCACUGAGACCCUUUAGCACUCACACUAGUUCUAAUGCUGUUUACAGUUGAGAAAUAAAAAUCAGCUGUUACACUCAUAAACACUAGAACAAAUUCAAAUGUGUUUUGUCUCAUUUCCUGAUGUUGUGCUACUUUAAGUGCCUUUAGCACUGGUUUCUUGUUUGUCUUAUUUAACAGUCUUGCGUUAUAAGAUAUUCUUUGGAAUGUCUUUGAGUCAUGAAGUGUGAUUGUGUAGCAUAUUUGUAAAUAUAUUUUGUAUUAAUUACCACUUUAAGUUCAACAGGCUUUGGGUCCCUUAACAGGGGUAACAAUUCAUUUUUUAAAAUAUGCUAGAAUAUAAAACCUGAGUAAGACAUUUGAGGGAUAAUUUUAUUUUACAUGGACAUAAUUUCAGUGUCACAAAAUGAUUCUUAUAAAAAUCCUGCAUGCUAAUCCAAGUUUGCUACAUUUGUGUGUAUUAAACAAUUGAAAUAUUGCUGAAUUAAAAGUAUUUGAUUAUUGAU